GCUACUAUUAUCAUCAUGUUCGGUAAAGCAGCGCUUGUGAGCGCUCUCGUGAGCGCUGUAUCUGCUGGCACAAUCCUCUGGGACGGUCGAUUCAAUGAGUUCACCUCUUCUGCCGACCUUAACAAAUGGUCAUGGGCAAACCAAGUCGGACCCUACCAAUACUACAUCCACGGCUCAGGCGCUGUCACAAAAUACGUCAAUCUCUCCCCCUCGUACAAGAACCCCGCAGACGCCGGCAGCAAGCAAGGCGCCAAGAUCACCAUCGACAACACCGCAAAGUGGAACAGCGACAUGUGGCGCACGGAGCUCAUCCCGCAGACCAAGGCCGCCAUCAACAGUGGAAAGGUGUACUACCACUUCAGCAUCAAGCGCAGCACGACGAAUGUCCCGAGCGCGACGAACGAACACCAGAUUGCGUUCUUCGAGAGCCACUUUACGGAGCUGAAGUACGGGUGGGUCAACGGGGAGAGCGGGACGAGCAACACGAACUUGCAGUGGUUCGUGGGUGGGCAGAGUAAGUGGAAGGUGGAGUUGGUGGCGGAUGUGUGGCACAAUGUUGCGUAUGAGAUUGACUUUUCCGCGAACCAAGUUACGUUCUGGCACUCUACCGGCUCCGACGCUCUCACCAAGACUGCCGGUCCGUUCUCCACGAGCACUUCGUCUAAUGGCGCGGACUGGCACCUGGGUGUUCUGCGCUUGCCGCGCUCCGGCAAUGAUGGGACUGGAGCUGAGGACUGGUACUUCAGUGGCACGUACGUUGAGAGCGGCUCGCUCACUACUUCUGUCUCGAGCCCAGCAUAA